GUGAAUGGGAUGGAGCCGGGACCGUCUGGCGCUGUGCCCUUGGGGGUCUUCCCCCCGCCCCUGCAGCAGGUGUUCCAUGCCCCCCGCCGGCCGGGCAUGGGCACCGUGGGCAAGCCCAUCAAACUACUGGCCAACUAUUUUGAAGUGGAGAUCCCAAAGAUGGACGUCUAUCACUAUGAGGUGGACAUUAAGCCUGACAAGUGCCCACGACGAGUCAACAGAGAGGUGGUGGAGUACAUGGUCCAACAUUUCAAGCCCCAGCUCUUUGGUGACAGGAAGCCGGUGUACGAUGGCAAGAAGAACAUUUAUACGGUGCUAGCACUUCCUAUUGGGAGCGAGAAGGUGGAUUUUGAGGUAACCAUCCCCGGUGAGGGUAAGGAUCGUAUCUUUAAAGUGUCCAUUCGCUGGUUGGCCAAGGUGUCAUGGCGCCUGCUGCAGGAGACGCUGGUCAGCGGGCGGCUGCAGGUCCCCCUCGACUCAGUUCAAGCCCUGGACGUGGCCAUGCGUCACUUAGCCUCUAUGAGGUACACUCCAGUGGGCCGCUCAUUCUUCUCCCCACCUGAAGGAUAUUACCACCCCCUGGGUGGGGGCAGGGAAGUAUGGUUUGGCUUUCAUCAGUCUGUGCGUCCCGCCAUGUGGAAGAUGAUGCUUAACAUAGAUGUGUCUGCCACGGCCUUCUACAAAGCUCAACCUGUAAUUGAGUUCAUGUGUGAAGUUUUGGAUAUUCGCAACAUCGAUGAACAGCCAAAGACUCUCACAGACUCCCAGAGGGUUCGUUUCACUAAAGAGAUUAAAGGCUUAAAGGUGGAGGUGACACACUGUGGACAAAUGAAAAGGAAAUACCGCGUAUGCAAUGUCACCAGACGUCCUGCCAGUCACCAGACGUUUCCUCUCCAGCUUGAGAGCGGGCAGACAGUAGAAUGUACAGUGGCCCAGUACUUCAAGCAGAAGUACAACUUGCAGCUCAAAUACCCCCACCUGCCCUGUCUACAAGUGGGACAGGAACAAAAGCACACCUAUCUACCCCUGGAGGUGUGCAACAUUGUAGCUGGUCAACGAUGCAUCAAGAAACUGACAGAUAACCAGACCUCCACUAUGAUCAAAGCAACGGCUCGUUCUGCACCCGACAGACAAGAGGAGAUCAGCAGGCUGAUGAAAAAUGCCAACUUCAACCUGGACCCCUACAUCCAGGAGUUUGGAAUCAAGGUGAAAGACGAUAUGGCUGAGGUGACGGGCAGAGUGCUGCCAGCGCCGAUUCUGCAGUAUGGAGGACGGAACCGGGCCAUAGCCACCCCCAACCAAGGAGUGUGGGACAUGAGGGGGAAGCAGUUUUACAACGGCAUUGAGAUCAAAGUCUGGGCAAUCGCCUGCUUUGCCCCCCAGAAACAGUGCAGAGAGGAGGUGCUUAAGAACUUCACAGACCAGCUGCGAAAAAUCUCAAAGGAUGCUGGGAUGCCCAUCCAAGGCCAGCCGUGCUUCUGUAAAUACGCCCAGGGAGCGGACAGCGUGGAGCCCAUGUUCAGACACCUGAAGAACACCUACUCUGGACUGCAGCUCAUCAUCGUCAUCCUGCCUGGAAAAACUCCUGUCUAUGCUGAGGUAAAGCGAGUGGGAGACACUCUCCUCGGCAUGGCCACGCAGUGUGUUCAGGUGAAGAACGUGGUAAAGACGUCACCUCAGACCCUCUCCAACCUCUGCCUCAAAAUCAACGUAAAGCUGGGAGGAAUAAACAACAUCCUGGUGCCUCACCAAAGGUCAGCAGUGUUUCAGCAGCCUGUUAUCUUUCUGGGAGCAGAUGUCACACACCCUCCUGCUGGAGAUGGCAAGAAGCCCUCCAUUACUGCUGUGGUAGGCAGUAUGGAUGCCCAUCCCAGCAGAUACUGUGCCACAGUACGCGUCCAGAGACCCAGGCAGGAAAUCAUCGAAGAUUUAUCUUACAUGGUGCGUGAACUGCUAAUUCAGUUCUACAAGUCGACCCGCUUUAAGCCCACCAGGAUUAUUUUCUACAGAGAUGGUGUUCCUGAGGGACAGUUGCCACAGAUUCUCCACUAUGAGCUCCUGGCCAUCAGAGACGCAUGCAUAAAGCUGGAAAAAGAUUAUCAGCCUGGUAUCACUUACAUUGUGGUACAGAAACGCCACCACACACGCCUCUUCUGCGCUGACAAGUCUGAGAGGAUUGGGAAGAGUGGGAACAUACCUGCAGGGACUACGGUGGACACCAGCAUCACUCAUCCAUUUGAGUUCGACUUCUACCUUUGCAGUCAUGCAGGCAUACAGGGUACCAGCCGGCCAUCUCAUUACUACGUCUUGUGGGACGACAAUCGCUUCACAGCUGAUGAGUUGCAGAUUUUAACCUACCAGUUGUGCCACACGUACGUUCGCUGUACCCGCUCAGUUUCGAUCCCUGCACCAGCUUACUACGCUCGUCUCGUGGCCUUCCGAGCCCGCUAUCAUCUGGUAGACAAAGAACAUGACAGUGGAGAGGGUAGCCACGUAUCUGGUCAGAGUAACGGCCGGGACCCCCAGGCGUUGGCGAAAGCUGUUCAGAUCCAUCACGACACUCUGAGGACCAUGUACUUCGCCUGAGCGUCACCAGCCAUCAGCGCCAUCGUUCCCCCCCACCUCAUUUCUACCUGAGUGGGCAGAAAGCCCACUCCCACCUCAUCCCCAUCCCUUAUUCCCAACAAUUGCCCACUACACAUCGUCCACAGACGUGCCAGUUUGUCAUAGAGAUCCAUGAAACACAACACUCCUCUCCUGUCAACACAGCCAGAAUGCAGCUUCAUGCACUCAAAUAGGUUUUUUUUUAUUGUACU